ACACACACACACACACGUGUCCCUGGCGCAGGUGCCAGGCCAAGGCCAGUCGGGUUCCGCGACACAGGAGAGGGCAGGUGUCCCGCAGGUGCCCCUCUGCCCCACCGCCCUCCCUUCCUCCGUCCCCUCAAGGUUAUGCUGCCCCCGCCUCGCCCUCUGAGCGCCAGGGAGAAGGAGAAGGGAUAGCCCGAGCCAGGCCCGUCCGCCAUUCCGUCCGUCUCCCUUCCCUCCGCUGACCAUGGAGCUCCACCACAUCAUCUCCUCUCCCUUCGAGGGGCCGGAGCAAGAGGCCCCGGGCCCCUCGGCGACCUCGACGUCUUCCCCUCCCCCGUUUGGGCCCCAGGAGGAGGAGCGGGACCUGAGCAAGGCCCUGCGAGUGGAGCGCUUCGAUGAGAUCCUGCAGGACGCGCACCCGCGCAACGUGGAGGAAGCCGGGCGCAGCUACAGCGAGGAGGACUUCGAGUACCACCGGCAGUCCUCCCACCACAUCCACCACCCGCUGUCCAGCCACUUGCCCUCGGAGUCUCGGCGGAAGAAGGGCAAGAAGAAGGGGGGGCCCCGCCCCCAGAGGGCCUCCCUCCCUGGGGAGACGCCCGUCAUCCUGGAGGAGGAGGCCGAGGGCGAGGAGGAGGAGGGCGAGGAGGAGGCCGGGGACACCGCCGAGGAGGCCGAGCAGAGCCCCCCCCAGCGGCGUCUGCGGGGCAGCUCCAGGGAAGGCGUGCAGUUCUUCCUCCCAGAGGACGAUGCGGUGGACCGACAAGCGGAGGGGGGCUACAGCUCCCCCGGCCGCCUCCCCAGCCCCCUCUCUGACACCGGAGACGCCCCAGGACCCUCUUCCAGGGGACGCCGGCCCAGCAGCCCCGAUGAGGAGGACACCGAGGGUCUUGGGGCGGAGGGGGGCUCCCCAGGGCGCCUGCCCUCCAAGCCACAACUCGCGCACCGCAGCUACAACCUCAACGAGCGCCGGCGCAUCGGCAGCCAGACGGGCAUCGACCAGGCCCGCUUGCCCAAGGUGCCCACAGACGAGUCGGAGGCCCAGACCCUGGCCUCCGCGGACCUGGACUACAUGAAGAGCCACAGGUUCGAGGACGUGCCCGGGGUGCGGCGGCACUUGGUCCGGAAGAGCACCAAGGGGCAGGUGGUGCACCUGGGCAAGGACCGCAGGGAGUCCAGCACCCGCCAGCGCAAGACGGACCGCCAGCCCCACGAGGUGUUUGUGGAGCUGAACGAGCUGAUAGUGGACAAGAACCAGGAGAUGCAGUGGAAGGAGACGGCGCGCUGGAUCAAGUUUGAGGAGGACGUGGAGGAGGAGACGGACCGCUGGGGGAAGCCCCACGUGGCCUCCCUCUCCUUUCGUAGCCUCCUGGAGCUGCGCAGGACCCUCUCCCACGGUGCUGUCCUUCUGGACCUGGACCAGAAGACCCUCCCAGGGGUGGCCCACCAGGUGGUGGAGCAGAUGAUCAUCUCGGACCAGAUCCGGGCCGAGGACCGGGCCAAUGUUCUGCGGGCACUCCUGCUCAAGCACAGCCACCCCUCGGACGAGAAGGAGUUCUCCUUCCCGCGCAACAUCUCUGCGGGCUCGCUGGGCUCCCUCUUGGGCCACUACCACAGCACCAACCACAUCGGAGACUCGGCGGAGCCGGCGGUCACAGACCCACUCAUCGGGGGUCCCACGGAGCACGAGUCCCGAGUGGACAUCGAGAAGGAGAAGGACCCUUCUCCUGUCCUGAGCAGCAUCUCCCGCUCCAAGUCCAAGCAUGAGCUGAAGCUGCUGGAGAAGAUCCCCGAAAACGCGGAGGCCACCGUGGUCCUUGUGGGGUCGGUGGACUUCCUGGACCAGCCCACCAUGGCCUUUGUGCGGCUGCAGGAGGCGGCCCAGCUGGACGCGGUGCUGGAGGUGCCCAUCCCGGUCCGGUUCCUCUUUGUGCUGCUGGGGCCCCCCAGCGCCAACAUGGACUACCACGAGAUCGGGCGCUCCAUCUCCACCCUCAUGUCCGACAAGCAAUUCCACGAAGCGGCCUACCUGGCGGACGACCGUCAGGACCUGCUCCACGCCAUCAACGAGUUCCUGGACUGCAGCGUGGUGCUGCCGCCCUCCGAGGUGCAAGGCGAGGAGCUCCUGCGCAGUGUGGCCAACUUCCAGCGCGAGAUGCUGCGCCGCAGGGAGGAGCAGGACCGGAGGAUAUUCCUGGGGCCCGAGGCCGAGCCCAAGUCCCCCGAGGAGAAAGCACUUCUGAAGCUGACGGUGAAGGAGGCCGAGGAGCCGGACCCCCUCCGCCGGACGGGCCGCCCCUUCGGGGGUCUGCUGCGGGACAUCCGCCGGCGCUACCCGCAGUACCUGAGCGACUUCCGGGACGCGCUGGAUCCCCAGUGCGUGGCCGCCAUCAUCUUCAUCUACUUCGCGGCCUUAUCCCCCGCCAUCACCUUCGGGGGGCUGCUGGGAGAGAAGACCCAGGGGCUGAUUGGGGUCUCGGAGCUGAUCAUCUCCACCUCGGUGCAAGGCCUCAUCUUCUGCCUGCUGGGCGCCCAGCCCCUCCUCAUCAUCGGCUUCUCGGGCCCACUCCUCGUCUUUGAGGAGGCCUUCUACACCUUCUGCACUUCCUACGGCCUGGACUACCUGGUGGGCCGCGUCUGGAUCGGCCUGUGGCUGAUUGUGAUCGUGGUCCUGAUAGUGGCCUUCGAGGGCAGCUUCAUGGUGCGUUACGUCACCCGCUUCACGCAGGAGAUCUUUGCCUUCCUCAUCUCCCUCAUCUUCAUCUACGAGACCUUCUUCAAGCUGUUCAAGAUCUUCCAGGAGCACCCCCUGAACAACUGCAUCGUGCCCAACGACACGGACCGCUCCCUGGACCUGUACGGGAACUGGACCGUCGGCAACCAGACGUUUGUGGGCGAACUGACCGGCCAGCCCAACACGGCCCUGCUCUCCCUGGUGCUGAUGGCCGGCACCUUCUUCAUCGCCUUCUUCCUGCGCAAGUUCAAGAACAGCCGCUUCUUCCCAGGCCGGGUCCGGCGGGUGAUUGGCGACUUCGGGGUGCCCAUUGCCAUCCUGCUCAUGGUGCUGUUGGACUACAGCAUCCAGGACACCUACACCCAGAAACUGUCGGUGCCGCGGGGCCUCUCCGUCACGGACCCCGACAAGCGGGGCUGGGUGAUCAACCCUCUGGGCCAGGUGGACCCCUUCCCCGUCUGGAUGAUGGUGGGCUGCGGGCUCCCGGCCAUGCUGGUCUUCAUCCUCAUCUUCAUGGAGACGCAGAUCACCACGCUGAUCAUCAGCAAGAAGGAGCGUAAGCUGCGCAAGGGCUCGGGCUUCCACCUGGACCUGCUGAUCAUCGUGGCCUUGGGCGGCCUCUGUGCCCUCUUCGGCCUCCCCUGGCUGACCGCGGCCACCGUGCGCACCGUCACCCACACCAACGCCCUGACCGUCAUGAGCAAAGCCGUGGCCCCCGGGGACAAGCCCAAGGUCCAGGAGGUCAAGGAGCAGCGCGUCACCGGCUUCCUGGUGGCCUUCCUCGUCGGCCUGUCCAUUGUGAUCAGCGACCUCCUGCGCAAGAUCCCGCUGGCCGUGCUUUUUGGGAUCUUCCUCUACAUGGGGAUCACCUCGCUGAACGGGAUCCAGUUCUAUGAGCGUCUCAAGCUGCUGCUGAUGCCCCCCAAGCACCACCCGGACGACUGCUACGUCAAGAAGGUGCGGACGGUGCGCAUGCACAUGUACACCCUCCUGCAGCUGAGCUGCCUGGCGAUUCUGUGGUCCGUCAUGUCGACCGUGGCCUCGCUGGCCUUCCCCUUCAUCCUCAUCCUCACCGUCCCGCUCCGCCUGUGCGUCCUCAGCCGCAUCUUCACCGAGAGGGAGCUCAAGUGUCUGGACGCAGCCGAGGCCGAACCCAUCCUGGACCCGAGGACCGGGCUGGAUGAGUACCACGAGAUGCCGAUGCCAGUCUGAUGGGUCAUGGAGAGUGCGGCCAGAGUGCCAGGGAAGGGGCCGGAGCGGCUCCCUGUGGUCUGGACGGAGCCCAUGGCUUGUGCCCCCACCGCGCCCCCCCCCAACGCCACCACCGAGUGCCUUCCUUCCAGCGUCCGUCCAUCCGUCCGAACCCUCGGGAGGCCCGCCUCCACCCCGAGGAACACGCCACGGCCCCCGCUCUGUUGCCACCAUGAUGCCCGCCUGAAUACCCCGCCCACACUGACCAGCAGCCCCUCCCCCGCCCACCCUCCAGGCCAAAGAGGGGGAGGGGCACACAGACUCAACCCUCUUCUGAAGAGACUUCAAGCCUACUGCUCCCCGAAAAUGGCAACGGCGUGAUUUUAUUUAAGAGACUAUUUAAAAGUGUCAAUAAAUAGCUUUAUUGUCGCCCGGGCGGGGUGAGGCAUGCCCCUCCCCUCCUGCCAGGACCACUUUGGGGGGGGGGGGUCUCCGGGAAAAGAGAGGAAAGACUGCGCAGGAACCGACAGAGGACCGGACCCCGGAGACCCCGGGCAGAGGCUGGGCUUUGGACGCAUGGCAGAUUUGGGGAGGGGGGGAGCAGCGCCAAUAAAGCCAAGAGCCUGCCUGCA